UGCGCUCUUCCUGCGAUAUCCGGAAAUGAAAUAAAAAAUAUGGCGUCGCGCAGGCGAGAAAAGACAAGAGAUUGUACAUCAAAUGCUGGAGAUGUUUCAAAUGCCGACCUUUUGCUUCAUCCAGAGCUCCUGUCUCAAGACUUCAUUCAGCUUGUGUUACGUGAGAGGAAGAUAGCAGUGGAUAAUGAUGUGGACCGGGACCGGCUCACAGAUCUGUACCUGCAGCAUGUCAUUCCUCUUCCACAGAGAGAAUUGCCACACACACGCUGGGCUAAAAGAAUCUCAAGAUCCAGAACAGACCACAGCAUAACCAGUGCAAACAGUUCCAGCAUAAAUAGUGGCAGAAAGAGGCCGUUGAUUGUGUUUGAUGGCAGCUCUACCAACACUGGCAGUGUUAAACUAAAGAAACCCGUCAAUUCUCCAGCUCCUGUUGUACAAGACCGCCUGAAGCCUCCAAUUUCCAGUGUCAGUCUCUCAAACCCCAUACGCAAGCUGUCUGGAUCUACAAACGUUUCUUCCUCAAAUUCCCAUAGUAGGACCCCAGUAUCAACACCGGCCGGUCCCAAGAGCCCCUCGGCCACCUGUAUUCAUUCUAACAAUGCUAACUCCUCAGGAAAUUCGAUCAACAUGACGACUAAUUUAAAGCGUACAGCCCCCAGUGACACUGCUGAAAUUAAGUCACCUGAUUUGAAGAAAAAAGUCCAACAUAUCACAUGGCCAUAAUCUCCUCCUCACAGAAAUUGGAUAGUUGGAUUCUCCAUAGAUUGACACAUCUGUCAUGCAGUGACUCUUUUUUAACUCUCACAUACCAGCCACAUGAAAAGGUUUAUUGUGGAACAGCAGGAGAGGCUUCUGCUCCUAGACUUUAUCUGGUGGUAAAAGAACUGAGAUGUUUCCAGUAGUUGGAUGAUAGAGCUGAUGUUACCUAUGGAUGCUCUGCUUCCCCUUUUUUUGAAAAUCCUUGGUGAAAUGUCUUUGUUGGAAGUAAUAAACUUUAAGUCCGAGAUCAUCAUCUUAUAUCAAACACACAGAGAAGUAAAGUAUGGAAUGACUGCAAACUGUUCAAUAUUUUAGAAAGUCCAUUUUAAACACAAAACAUUCAUUCUGUCACUGGGCCAGUACCCUUUCAAAAACUACCUAACAAGUCCAUAUUAGUAUCUCAAAGGUACAUAUUGGUAACAAAUGUAUACAUAUCUGUACCAAAAUAGUAAGACCCUUUUAACGGAUACUGCACCAAUGACAUGUUUUGUUCCUUCUUUCUGAGAGUGUAAGCGUAGUAUAGUUUCUAAGUAUGUGUUUUGUAUCAUGAAUAAAACAAGAUUAACAGUU